UCCCUGUACAACCAACCCCCUCGUGUUCCAAUAAAUUGAUUGCGUAUGUCCGUCUCUACCCGCCCUUGGCAUUUCUCUCCCUCCCUCCAUCCUUGUGAGUUCGUUUUGUUCAUUCAACUCAAGCAACCCAAACCCAAACCCAAAUCAACAGAGGCGCUCUCGAGUCUUCUCUUGUGAGUAAAUCCAAUAAUGGCUUUGAAACUGAAUCAAAUGGCCUUCCAAUCUCGCAAGUUCUCAUCAUUUUCUCUCCCUCAAUCUCGCAAUCUCAGAUCUCACCGAGUUUUCAUGGCCUCCACUCUUAACUCUGCUCCUAGAGAGGUUGAGAAUGUAAAGAAGCCUUUCAGUCCCCCACGAGAGGUACAUGUCCAAGUGACCCAUUCCAUGCCUCCACAACAGAUAGAAAUAUUCAAAUCUUUGGAUGAUUGGGCGGAGAAGAAUAUCUUGGUGCACCUAAAGCCUGUGGAGAAAUGUUGGCAACCAAGUGAUUUUCUACCAGACCCAGCCUCAGAAGGAUUUGAUGAGCAAGUCAAAGAGCUUAGAGAAAGAUCAAAGGAAAUUCCUGAUGACUAUUAUGUGGUGUUAGUUGGAGAUAUGAUCACAGAGGAAGCCCUGCCAACUUAUCAGACUAUGCUUAACACUUUAGAUGGAGUUCGAGAUGAGACCGGUGCAAGCCCCACUUCUUGGGCUAUUUGGACAAGGGCAUGGACUGCUGAAGAGAAUAGGCAUGGCGACCUUCUCAACAGGUAUCUUUACCUUUCUGGACGGGUUGACAUGAGGCAAAUUGAGAAGACAAUUCAGUACCUGAUAGGAUCAGGAAUGGAUCCUCGGACGGAAAAUAGCCCCUAUCUUGGUUUCAUCUACACUUCGUUUCAAGAGAGAGCAACCUUCAUUUCCCAUGGUAACACUGCUAGGCUUGCAAAGGAGCAUGGAGACUUGAAACUGGCACAGAUAUGUGGUACUAUUGCAGCAGAUGAGAAGCGCCAUGAAACUGCAUAUACCAAGAUUGUUGAGAAGCUCUUUGAGAUAGACCCAGAUGGCACUGUGUUUGCUCUCGCUGAUAUGAUGAGGAAAAAAAUCUCAAUGCCAGCCCACUUGAUGUAUGAUGGCCAGGACGACAACCUGUUUGAACACUUUUCUUCUGUUACACAGCGGCUCGGAGUCUACACUGCCAAGGACUAUGCUGACAUUUUAGAAUUUUUAGUGGGAAGAUGGAAUGUAGAGAAGUUAGUGGGUCUUUCUGGUGAGGGACGCAAAGCACAAGAUUAUGUAUGUGGACUGGCUCCAAGGAUCCGAAGAUUGGAGGAGAGAGCUCAAAGCAGGGCCAAGCAGGCCUCCGCAGUUCCAUUCUCCUGGAUCUUUGAUAGACAAAUUAAUCUUUGAAUGCAGCAGCAUGGAAGGUAGGUCAGCUUCUCCCUCCCCUCCCUUAACAUCUAUUUCUUCCAUAGCCAUAGAAUUAUAGACAAAAUUAUGAAAUUAAUUGCAAGUAA